AUGAAUGAGUUGAUUCAAUCCCCCAGAAGAGAUCUGGAGGAACUAAAGCGCCUCUGGUCUCUUCAUGAGGCUCUGACCAGAGCAGCUCUGCAGAUAAACAGGAUAUACAGCCCCCAGAUACUGGCUACCCGACUGGACACCUUCGUUUUCGCCGUAGUUGAGAUAUAUUGGGGAACGUUUUUUACAUUCAGCUUCGAGACUCCCAUGUAUUGGCUAGUAUACGGCGGAGUGACCUAUUGCGCCCGCUUAGGAGACUUAUUCCUCAUCGACUAUAUGUGCGACUUGCUGGUCAGGUGCCAGAGCUCGGCCAAAGACACCUGGACCGAAUGUGACUGGAGAAAGGAGACGAGCGCCUUCAUGACCUAUGUCAGAAGCUCCAAGCUGGAGCUCUGGACUUGCGGACUCUACAAAGCUGAUCGCAGCCUCUGGCUCCAGAUGAUUAUCAGCAUCUUUAACUACUUCUUGGUGCUCCUGCAGUUUCAUUUAGUCCUACAGAAGACGUCCUCUUAA